AUGAGUGCCAGGGCGCCCAAGGAGCUGAGGCUGGCGCUGCCGCCGUGUCUCCUCAACCGGACCUUUGCUUCCCCUAACGCCAGCGGCAACGCGAGUGCCCGCGGCCCGGGCGGUGGCGGAGGCACCUGCAUAACGCAGGUGGGACAGCAGUUCUUCCAGUCUUUCUCUUCCACGCUGGUGCUGAUUGUCCUGGUCACCCUCAUCUUCUGCCUCAUCGUGUUGUCUCUCUCCACCUUCCACAUCCACAAGCGUAGAAUGAAGAAGAGGAAGAUGCAGAGGGCUCAGGAGGAAUACGAGCGGGAUCACUGCAGCGGCAGCCGCAGCAGCCAGGGGCUGCCCCAGCUGGGCAGCCAGGCCCCGACCCAUGGAAAAGAAACCCGACUGGAGAGGCAGUCCCGGGACUCUGCCUACUGCGCCCCCUCCAACGCCUCUUCGUCCUCCUCGUCCCUCGGCCUCCAGUGCCCGGGUCCUUGUCCUCCUCCGCCUCCACCGCCAGCCCCCAGUCCUCAAGGAGCACUUGCAGCCUCCUCCUAUUUGGACACAGCUGGCGAGGGCCUUUUGCAGACGGUGGUACUGUCCUGA